AAAAAAAAAUUGAAUUAUUAUGAAAUAAUUUUAAUUUCGGUGACAACAACAAGAAACCAACAGUACAAAAAUACGUCAAAAAUGAACCAAUAAAAAAAUUAAAAAUUAAUAAGGUGAAUCAACAAAAAAAAAAUAACAAUUGGAAAUAAAAUCGCGACAAAAUGGUUGAUACACAACAUUUUUGUCUACGGUGGAAUAACUAUCAAAGUAGUAUAACAUCAGCAUUUGAGAAUCUUCGCGAUGACGAGGACUUUGUCGAUGUCACGCUAGCAUGUGAUGGACGCAGCUUGAAGGCACACAGAGUUGUCCUUUCGGCAUGCAGUCCGUACUUCAGGGAGUUGUUAAAGAGCACUCCAUGCAAACAUCCCGUUAUCGUCCUGCAAGACGUUGCAUUUACCGAUCUGCAUGCACUUGUCGAGUUCAUCUAUCAUGGGGAGGUAAAUGUGCAUCAACGGUCGUUGAGCUCAUUUCUAAAGACAGCUGAAAUAUUGCGGGUUUCUGGAUUGACACAACAACAAGCCGAAGACACACAUAAUUUGACUCAAGUGCAAGGCCCGCCUAAUCAAAAUAUGCGGCCACCAAUAAGUCAACAUGACAUUUAUACAAAUAGAAUAGGCGAGGAGGGACUUUUUGCGCAUCAAGAUGCUUCACCCCCACCGCACAUGAACAGUUUGCCAAAUGCUCAUUCUGGCAGAGUAAAUCAAUUGCUCAGACAGGCAGCUGCCGCUGCAGCAAUGCGUCGCGAACGCAACAGCUCAAGUCUCUCGGAUGAUCUUGGCAUGAAGCGUCACAGAGGAGAACAAGGCAACAACAACAACUUGGAUUCCCUUUCACACCCACCACAAGUAACGGCAGCCGACUUUUCGACGAAUCUGGCAAAGCACAACAACAAUUUGUCGCCCUCAAUUAAAGACAGUGAACGACUUGACGCAUCAAAGUUAUCUAUCGGCCACAACAACAACAAUAUCAACACAAACAACAACGUUUUAAAUUCAAAUAACAAGGAUCACUCUUCUAAUGCGACAAUUGGCAAUGGCGGUGGAAGUGUCGGCUCUGUCACAGAUAAGGAAAGCUCAACACCGUCACCCAGUGCAAAUGACGACGUCAAAUCGGAACCAAUGGAAUUGAUAUGUGGAAAUAAUAUGGAUGGUGAUCAAAGUAACGAUUCAAUUAACGACCAAGUUAUUAAUAGAUCUGGAUCGGCAUCGGACGCAAAAGCGUGUGCAAGCUCACCAAACGCCGAAGAAAUGGACAGUGGAAUACAUUCACACACAGCACCACCUUUUUUAAUGUCACCAGAGAGUAAAUUGUUUCCAUCACCCGGCUCUUUUAACUUUUCCAUGGCAGCGUUAACGGAUCCAGCAUCACUUGGCUUCAACCCGCACUCCCUGCAGAACCCCGGAGAUCUAGGCGCUCAAGCAAACUCCCCGCCAUCCCCGUCAUCGCCUCCCUCAUCGUCGUCCGGUGGCUCGGUGACGCCGCUACGGAUGCCCCCGCCCACCAGUGGGGGAAUCAACGAGCCCCAAGAGUGUCCCUACUGUCGUCGUACCUUUAGUUGUUACUACUCGCUCAAGCGUCACUUCCAGGACAAGCACGAGCAAUCCGACACGCUAUACGUCUGCGAAUUCUGUCAUCGGCGAUAUCGCACCAAGAACUCCCUCACGACGCACAAAAGUCUGCAGCACCGUGGCUCCAGUGGCAUGCUCAAACGACUACUGAAGACGUCAGCGCUCAAGAGUGCCCUUGUGCCGCAUCCGCAUGCGCAUCCACCGCGAUCGCACCUGUUUGACUUUGCAUCCGAAAUUGGACAACCGCCACCGGGCAUCCAAUAAAACUAGGCAAAAACUAAUCAAUUUUUCGCGUUUCCUCAUUUUGAUUAUCUCGGGGACUGUUUUUAGACAAACUUUUGAGA